AUGGAGAGUGCGGCCGAGACGGAACUGCUGGAGCGCGCGAGGCGUCUGUGUCUGGCGGCGAGGGAGUUGCAACUGCCCGCGCUGCUGCCCGGCUUCGGGGUGAGGCAACGAGAGCAGGAGGGGCAGGAGGAGGUUGGAGACUCGACUGAGGAGGCCAGAGACCAUGCAGGACGCAGCGUCAACAACAACAACACAGGAUCGCAACGACAGUCGACGGAGAAGCUGCCGUUGAUAACUGCGUCAUCAUCGCCAGCUGCAGUUGCUGCUGCAAUACCGAGGCACAGGAAACAGGCUAGCCAGAGCGAUGACAGUAGGGAGAAGAGGGGGCUGGAGGAGGCUCGUCGGCGGAAGGGGGAGGAGAGGAAGAGGCACGAGAGGGAGAUCGAGAGGGUCAAACAGGCACAAGAGCGCGCACGGGCUCGAGUCGCGCGGACGAACCAGCUGGAGCAACAGCAGUCGCUGCAUGCAGCCGAGCAGCUCCAGUCGAAUGCUUUGAGUGCAGCGGACGAAUGCGCGGAGAAGAUCAGGCGGGCGCAGGAGAGUCGCCGUCGGGCCAAGGAGCGCAUCCGAAUGAAGCGUCAGGAGAAGACUCCGGACACGACACCGCCAAGCUCUGCGUCUGGCUUAGAAGCGGAGCCUGUCAACCUGGAAUCCUUUCACAGGAAAACGAUCCGACGCUUGCAUGAAUCAAACCAACGCGUUCACCGGAUCGACAGGGACGAGCGCCAAAGCACCCCCGAGAGAAGCGAAGAUAUUGAUCCGGAGCAGAAACUCAUGGAGAGAAAGCUUCGGCAGGAAACGGCAGCGCGUUUGCGCCGAAUGAGGCAACAAGCCGAGAACCAAAAGCUCCAAGAUCAAGAAGAAUUCGAGCAGGGUCUCCAAAAGUAUAAGAACAAGCUGAGGGAAAUGGAUCGCGUUGCCAAGGGCUUGAGUAAACAGCCCUCAUUACCUCAAAUUAAUGAGGUUACUUCGUUUAAAGCAGAGCACACCAGUGAUGGGACGUGUGCUUCCUCAACUUAUGGCCAAGAUCCUAGUCCUGCCCAUGAUACAUCGACAAGGUCUACCAAUCAAGACGCGGAAUCGUCAUCAGAUUCGGACGGCCCAAACAAUGUUCGCCGUCCAGACCUAUCCAUAUCGGAUGCAACGUCGCCCCAAACAGCGGAAACUGGUCUGCGCAGGUCCAGACUUCCUACCUGGAAGCAACCACCUGUUCCUAUACAACCUACGCAGUGCUAUUCGUAUAAGGCGAUUCUUCCAACCUACUCACGGACUUCAGUGACG